AACAACAGCAGCAACAACAACAUCAUCAGCAGCAGCAACGGCAACAGCAGAUGCAGCAUCAACAAUUACAGCAGCACCAGCAGCAGCAACAACAACAGCAGCACCAACAAAUUAAAUCCCCCAAGGAUGCAGCAAACACAAACAGCAAUGCCAACACCACGACACCACCACGCAAAUCUAACAUCCAUGAAAUGAGAAAUCAGGAUUUUGUAAGCCGCCUGAUGGCAGCCACCCCACCCUACCUAUAUUCGGCUCCAAUGGGACCGAACAAUUUCUUUUUCAGCGACAUGCUGCGUUCGCUUGUCGCUGCACGCAACCAGGAAAAUGUUCGCAAUCUGCAAUUACAACAGUCUGCUGCAUUGGCAAGACGUCCCCGAAAACGGACAUGGUCUCAUCAUCGUUCCUACUUUAAGGAAAAUGAAACGAUUUUAGAAAAGGCACAGCACCAACAACAACAACUGCAGCAGCAGCCACUGCCACAUAUGACAGCUACGGAAAAGCCAUUAGAAUUGACCACACACAAACCAUAUCUGCAACACUUGGCAAAUAAAUAUCGCAAGUUAGAGGCUGAAACGGGCAAGGAAGUGUUGGCAACACAAAAACUAGCUGACCGGGAAGCUGAGCAAGCAGCAACAAAUACUUCGGUCAGCGGCGGAGGUGCAAGUGUUGCCGAUCCAGCUUUACAGAGCACACCACCGGCUGCAUCAUUGCCACCUCAAGAUUUAGUAUUGCCACCACCACCUCCCGUCUGGUACCCUCCACUUUAUCCCCCAUAUGGCAUUGAUCCUCUACACUUCUUUAUUGAUUUACGCGUAUCCGGGCACAUUUAUGAUCGCAAAAAAGAAAAUGUAUCACCAUUGGCCAAUGCCGAGAAUAAUGGCAGUAAUACAACGCCAGCCAAUGAAACUGCUAACUCUCCUCCAGCCCCCAAUGCCCUCAACCUACCCAAUAAACACAGACAUGGUUCAGCAUUUACUGUUCCCACGCCCAGAUCCAAUGACCUAAAAACAUUGGCUUCUCUGCAAGCCACAAGCGAUGCCAUUAAUCUUAGUUCCACCGGGGCUGGAGCUGUGAUGAAUAAAUUCGAAAACUAUGCCAAAUACUAUGACUUUGGAGAGAGUAAGGAGAAUCAACCGAAUAUUGCAAAGUGCAGUGCCAAUUAUAUGUUGCAACAUUUGCCACGUCUUUAUAGCCAAUUCGCUGCUCGCGAUCUCAUUGCUCAGGCCCAAAAUGAAAAUGAUCAAAACAACUCGGCGAAUAGUGACAUGGUGGAAUCGGAUAAUAAAUCUGACAUUGAAUGUGAUGCAGAUUCCGAGGGACAUCAUUCGAUAACAAAUUCGGAUGAUAAUGACCUGGAAGAAAGUUCAAAUCGGGAACGUGAUAUUGAUGUGGAAAUAAUCGAUUCGAUCAAAUAUCGCAAUGACGGCAACAGUAGUCGUUGUUCAAGUCCCGACGAGUCGUCAAUAACGCAAAUAGAUUAG